ACUAAUCCUGAAUCUUUCGGAAGAGUGUGCGACGACGUUAUCGAGGAUGAAGAGAAGAAGGAGCUCCACGGAAAACGAUGGCCAACAGGUUAGCAAGUAUCAGAGGCUGCAGCGUGAUUACGUACUGGAGUACGUUGAGAAUUCGCCCGAACCAACGUCCCAGGUUCUGGCCGAGUGCAGGGACGACGCUACGGGCUUGGAUGUCACUAGGAGAACGAUCAAAGUCGAGAGGGACCAGGAUCAGGGAGUUGAGGAGAGACAGCAACAUCAACAACAGCAGUUGAACUACGCCGGCGCGGAUGAAGGCGGGAAUGGCGUGGGCGUGCUGGAGGCGGGUCAACCGGAAAUGGAAAAUGGCGCCCUGGUGGAGUCGACCGGAGCUGAGACCGUGGCAAUUCCCGUUAGGACUGAGCACGAGGAGGACGCCAGUGCCACCUAUACUCUUCAUCAGCUCGGAUACCAUUCCGGUCACAUAAUUCAUGAGAGGACCUACGUUUCUGAAGAAUCUUGCCAAUACACUGAAAGUGAUCUUCGGGAAGAUCAGCGACAUCAACAUCACUCCCACCACCAUCAUCAUCACGAUCAUCAGCAUCACCAUCAGCAGGCUCAGUACGGUCAGCUUGGGGCGGGAGAGGUCCCGGUUCCCGAAGGAGGGGAUAGCCGCCACCCGACGGAGGCCUCUGUCCCGCCAGAGGGAAACCGUAGCACCAGUCACAUGCCUCACUCGACGAUGCAUCGGUACGGAACAGAGACGCUCUCCCCGACGGAUCAUCAGCAGCACCACCUGUCGGAUCCUCAUACUCUGAGUGUUCAUCGUCACCUGGAGGAGCACCAUCAUCAUCACCACCAUCACCAGGAGACGGACGAGGACGUGGAACGCGUGAACAGUAUAACGGCUGCUAUGAGGGGCGCACGAGGUGACUUCACCCUGGGAGCUGUGCUCUUUCCGAAUCUGACGGGCAGCGGCGGAGCCGGUACCCAGUCUGGGAACGGUAGUGGGGGCAAUCCUCAUCAUCACCUGGAGGACGUACUCCCGGAGGAUCCGUAUCUUCAGCACCAGAUUCGCGCCGGUGGUGGCUCUGCCUCGGCCGGUGGGGUCUCGCCACCGGUUCGCACUGGCAGUUCACCAGGUAGCAGUAGGAGUCCUCACGAUGAUCAGGACAUGUCAUCGCCCCAUAGGCACCCUGGACAAAAUGACGGCGGGUACAGUCCUACCGAUCAGGGAAGACUUCAGAGCUUCACUCAUCUCACGGCGAUGCAACCUCCUCCGUCGGUUCAGACCAAUCACAAUCUUCAGGACGCCGACAGGGUCUCCGAUCAGUUGUACAUGGAGAGUAUUUACAAUCAUCAUCCUGGUGGGACGCCGCAUCAUCAUCAGGAUCACGAGCAGGCUACUUCUACACCCUAUUCGCCUACCGGACCACUCUCCAGUCCCUCCCUCUAUCGCACCAUGAGUGGCAUGGGUGCCAUAACCGGUAGUUCUGGCGCUGGUACCGGAUACGGUCUUCCCUACAUGACCAGCAGCCCUCCUGAGCUCUCAGCAUCCUCCCAGCAGCUCUGGUCGACCGAAGUUUCAGGACUCAGCACGUCUCUUCCUUCCAUAUCGGAGAACUACGGUAGCAAUAAGUCCGGGGCAAACGGAAUCAACCAAAGUCUACCGGCGUUCUCCCAGCCGUUUGGCGACAGACCUACUUUUCGUGGGUACAGUCCACCCUACUCUUCCCAACAGCCCACGGCCGGCACCGUUAGCGUCAGCGGGAACGAUACCGCUGCCUGGGGUUACGCGCCAUCCACCAGAGAAGCUCUGAGCUCACCGUACGGUAGCGUCAGGACGAUCUCCAGGAGACAGUCCUCCACGACCCCCAACGCGGUCAGGCAUCAACUUAGCGCAGCGGCUAGCUUAACGGCCAUGCACAACAUCGAAGCGGAGUACUUUACGGAGGGCAGAGAGUGCGUGAACUGCGGUGCAAUUUCCACGCCGUUAUGGCGAAGGGACGGGACCGGCCAUUACCUCUGCAACGCCUGCGGACUCUACCACAAGAUGAACGGCAUGAAUCGUCCUCUAGUCAAACAACCACGGCGCCUGUCGGCUUCGAGGCGCGUAGGUCUCUCUUGCAGUAACUGCCAGACGACCACGACGUCCUUGUGGCGUCGUAACACGUGCGGCGAACCCGUGUGCAACGCCUGCGGAUUGUACUUCAAGCUUCACGGGGUUAACAGACCUCUUGCCAUGAAGAAGGAUAACAUUCAGACCCGCAAGCGAAAACCCAAGGGUGGCACGAAGUCUUCGGACACUCCGAUAUCUGGACCAGUUGCUCCGUGCUCUAUCAAUCACAACAACAACAACAACAACAAUAACAGUGUGAAGCUGGAACCAGUCUACCCCUGCUGGCAUCCUCAGCAACAGCAUCAGCAUCAGCAUCUCAUCGAAGGCCAUUCGCUAAAGGUCGAAUAUCCAUCUCCACCUUGUACCACUCGUUCGCCGGUGGUGGUAUCCGCUGGACACUCUCCGGAUCAUCAUCAGCUGACGUCGUCCCACAUCGUCACCCUGGGAAACUCGUCACCCAGUCAUGCUAGUAAUAAGAUCAUGCUGGACAACGGUCACCUGGAGAGACCCACCGUUGUAUCGAUAUCGUCCUAAGAAUAUCGUAUUAGCGAAUGAUCCAGGGAUGAGAAUCCCGAUGAACGUGGACCCAUCUACUGUGUGAUCUCGCUGUAUGAGCUUUUCCGGGACCAUUCUUCUUCGCUCCUCGAAUAGCGGCCUGCCUAACACAUAAUAAUAUAUGUAUAUCAAUUGUGUACAUAAUACUUGAGUGGAUUCGGUGCACAGUUACGUUUGUGGCUCUAUGUGCAUAAUCCUAAAAAAUGGACCAUGGCCAGUUAUUGUAAAUAGGACUUACCAUUUGGUUUUUGUUUUCUCUCUUAACGUACAACCUGACUGUAUAAGGAUCGCGAGUGUAUGCACAUUUAUGGUUGCCAGGUACGUACGUGGGCUUUGGGACACGUACGGUGCUGCCACCUGGCGGCGUUCGCCAACAACGGCCAAGUCUAAAAAUCUAUUUGUAAUCUUGCGACGCUAUCAUUCGUUCGUGCGUGCGUGUAUCAUUCUUUUUAUUUCCUUUUCUAAGAGCGAGGCUAUUCGCUCGAUAAGAACGGUAAAAUUAAGCGACGCCUCGACCGGGCACGGCGUAAUUGAUUGAUUAAGCGGAUUUUCUCACGUUUUUCGCAUUGUUGUACUUGUUGACUGCUGGUCGCCUCCGAUGGCGUCGGGUCUCCUCGAGAUAUCAGGACUCGGGGACGUCUUUAGAACGAGAUCUUGAACGUGCGAUUUAUUUUUUAUUCCUAGCUUUUAGACGUUUUCAACGUGAGACACAUAUACAAGCGUCGUUAUUUGCGCUGCGCGUAAUCUCAUAUUUUACUAAUUCCGAGACUGAGACAUUCUCUUUCGCGAAUAUGAAUUUUUGCGAGGAUGGAAAAACGUUUUUGUAAAUUUUUAGACCUUUUCGAUUAAGGUCAAUUCGCUUACUUCUUCUAUACAAGUCAUGGAUUGGUCGAUUUUCUUUGAAUUUUCUGAUGGAUUUUUUUUUUCCAAUGCCAGACCGAUCGGCGUUCCUCGCGAUUUUACGAUAUUUACAUAAUUACCUGUUUACGCGCUGUCAAGCUCGUAACGCUUAUUAGACCUUAAGAACUCUCGCCAAAUUAAUUGAGCAAGUACAUAGGGUAUACUGCCUAUGUAGAUGCGUUAAAAUGCAUAAACAAAAAAAAGACAAAAUAGUUUAAUCAUUCCGUAUCGAUAGGAUGCACGUACAUCCUAAUAUUAUACUAGGCUCGAGCAAUGUGCAGCCGGGAAGUGUUGAUAUUAUUGACACGAGUCUUAUUGAUUAAUCAGCGUCAUCAGUCGUGAAUGAAAUAUUCACUGGUGACAGGACGUUGAAGGGAAAUGGAUGAAUGGACCCGUUCUUGUAAAUAUUUGUCAGGAUAUAAAUGCUUAAGGACUCGCCGACGAAGGUGCACGGAUUAGCAGGAAAGAAAAAAAAAAAAAAUGAAAACAAAAAAACACGUUUCUUCUCUUCAUUACCAAAGACGACUUUUAUUACCAGCUCCUGCAAUUAAUUAAUUAAAGACACCAAAUUGCAAUAAUAAUUAUCUUUGUAAAUAGAUCGCAUUAAUUAUUAUGUAUAUCGGAUAUGGCUCUACUGGAGCUGCUAGAACCGUUACUGUUAAUUUAGGCCUAAUUAAAGAUAUAUUACAAUUUUCACACAUAUAUAUAUGUGUGUCCAAGAAAAUAAUUAGUUGGUAAUUUCAGGCAUAAGAUGUGUCUAGGAGAUAAGUAAAUUGUCCAGCAUACUGGAUGCCCCUUGUAGUUCAUAGAGUUAUGGUAAAUUUAAGGUGCGUGACGUAGUGUGAAUAGUUGAGUAAAGAAAUCAUAAGGAAACUUGGAAUAUAAUAAAAAGAUAGAACGAAAGAAGUAGCAGAAGUCAGUGAAACGAGCACGCGAUUGUGCGCGCGAGGAGUGUUAAAUAGCAAUGGCAAGAAACAAUGAAAGAAAGAAACAAAAAAAAAAGUAUCAAAAGGUGAUAUCCAUCGUUUAUCUCUUUUUUUUUCUAGUAACGAAAUACAUACCAAGCUUGCGACUACGUUAAUAUAUUUGAUAUAAUAUAUUUUACGAGUGUUGUAUCGAGUCAUGAGUUAUUUUUAAAAUAAAACGGGAUAUUUAAAGGUAAAA